AUGGCCACAGUUACUAAUCCCAUUCGAGAUUUGCCUUGGCAGUCCUCAACGAGCCUGGCGAUAGGAGUCAUGUGGCUGUCAACAGUCAACAGCAUAUCACCAGAGACGUGGUCGUUCGGCACAGGACCGUCGAUAUACUUCGUCAUCGCUAACCCUAAGAAGGAUCCAACGAACGUUGCUGAAAAGGAGGCCUUCGUAAUCCGCCGCCAUCCUGACUUCGACUCUCAAACCAUCCUAGUCAACGAUGAAAGCGAUGAGACAGAUAUUGUCGAUUAG